CCACUAUCCCGACAGGCCCAGCGGCUAGAGGAGUCACCUGGAGGUGGGCGGUGAUGGAGGCUGGUCUCGGCUGCCUCUUCGUCUCUAUGGUUUUCUGAGGUGGGAGGACUUGACGCAGAAGCAACUGGCGCUUCAGCGGGGACGGGAUGUUUCGUCUUAAGUCACUUUAUGCAUUGGCAGAACUGGCCCUGGGCUCUCGAUGGUACCAUGGAGGAUCACAGCCCACCCAGGUCAGGCGUCGACUAAUGGUAGUGGCUUUUCUGGGAGCAUCUGCAGUAACUGCAAGUACUGGUCUUUUGUGGAAGAGAGCCCUUGCAGAAUCUCCACCAUCUGUAAAAAAGAGUGAAGUUGGUGAUAAAGGAAAGAAUAAAGAUGAAGGGGAAGUUUGUAACCAUGAGAAAAAGGCUGAUGAUACUUGUCCUGAGCUUCAUCCAGAAGAGAAAAAGAAGAAGCGUUCUGGAUUCAGAGAUAGAAAAGUAAUGGAAUACGAGAAUAGGAUUAGAGCAUAUUCCACACCAGACAAAAUCUUCCGAUAUUUUGCCACCUUGAAAGUAAUCAGUGAGCAUGGUGAAUCUGAAGUGUUUAUGACUCCACAAGAUUUUGUGCGAUCCAUAACACCCAAUGAAAAACAACCAGAACACUUGGGCCUGGAUCAAUAUAUAAUAAAACGCUUUGAUGGAAAGACAGAGAAAAUUGCCCAGGAACGAGAAAAAUUUGCUGAUGAAGGCAGUAUAUUUUACACCCUUGGAGAAUGUGGACUCAUCUCCUUUUCCGACUACAUUUUCCUUACAACUGUUCUUUCUACUCCUCAGAGAAAUUUUGAAAUUGCCUUCAAGAUGUUCGACUUGAAUGGAGAUGGAGAAGUAGACAUGGAGGAGUUUGAACAGGUUCAGAGCAUCAUUCGCUCCCAAACCAGUAUGGGUAUGCGUCACAGAGAUCGUCCUACUACUGGUAACACCCUCAAGUCUGGCUUGUGUUCAGCCCUCACAACCUACUUUUUUGGAGCUGAUCUCAAAGGGAAGCUGACAAUCAAAAACUUCCUCGAAUUUCAGCGUAAACUUCAGCAUGAUGUUUUGAAGCUAGAGUUUGAACGCCAUGACCCUGUAGAUGGGAGGAUUACUGAGAGGCAGUUCGGUGGCAUGCUGCUGGCCUACAGUGGGGUGCAGUCCAAGAAGCUGACUGCCAUGCAGAAGCAACUCAAGAAGCACUUCAAAGAGGGAAAGGGUCUGACAUUUCAGGAAGUGGAGAACUUCUUUACUUUCCUAAAGAAUAUUAAUGAUGUGGACACUGCAUUGAGCUUUUACCACAUGGCUGGGGCAUCUCUUGAUAAAGUGACCAUGCAGCAGGUGGCCAGGACAGUGGCUAAAGUGGAGCUCUCAGACCAUGUGUGUGAUGUGGUAUUUGCGCUCUUUGACUGUGAUGGCAACGGGGAGCUGAGCAACAAGGAAUUUGUUUCCAUCAUGAAGCAACGGUUGAUGAGAGGCCUGGAGAAGCCCAAAGACAUGGGCUUCACCCGCCUGGUGCAGGCGAUGUGGAAAUGUGCACAGGAUACUGCCUGGGACUUCGCUUUGCCCAAACAGUAACCCAAAACAGCAAGAGGGGGCCACCUCCUUACCCCACUACCCUGCCGCUCAAGCAGAGCCUUGGCACAGGCCUUCCUGCUGCUGCUGGAAGUAGUGCUGCCUUCCUUUGGGAAUGAUCUCAGGAUUCAACCCGUUUCCCCUCUCCGUCCUUCCCCUGAUUCUAGGCUCUGAUUUGGCCCAGUGACUCUCCCCAUUGGUUCUCAAAAACAUGGAGUAGUUCUAAACACUCAGACGUUUGGCACCUUCAACAGCACUACCCAUCCAAGCAUAAAGAACGCGUGGACAUUCACAGAUAUCCACCAACCCUGGAAAACACCCAGUUCUCGACUCGUUCUUGCUGUGGAUUUAUAUUAGGAACAUUCCUUGCUUUUUCUCCUGCUGGUGCUUUUAAGCUAAAAAUUGGGAAAACCUCUGGCAGCAAAAGGAAGUCUGUGAUGAAGAUAGUGAGGAUGCCUGGGCCGCCCUGAGCUGGCAGGCAGCCAGGGCCAGAGAAGGGUCUGUGCCCGUCCCCAGCUUGGCUCUGAGGCCUGCUCCAGGGAGGUGAUGUCGCAGUGGGAAUGCAGCAAGAUGUGGAAUCUAAAGCAGCUGCUUGCUGGCUCUCCCUUCUUUUGCUCAGGCUCCGUAAGAAGACUCCACCGCAACCCUGUGUAGUGAGCAGCAGUGACUGAGUUCAUGUUCCCUGCAGGUGCCAUUCCUCCUCCAGGACUGUGCCUCUGAAGCUGAGGCCUGCUCGGAACCCCUCUGCCCUCCGCACUUCAAUAAUAAGUUUGCGACAAACCCUC